CUCUCUCUCCCCCCCCGUCCCCGUCUCUUUUAAUUUCGGAUUCCGGCUAUUUAGUGGCUUGUCGGCGACGUCUUUAUCCGGCGGCUAGCGACAGGUUAGAGAAAGGUGCUUGAAAAAGUAAAUGAACUUUCUAAUAUCAAUGAGGAUGAAUUGGAGAUUAAAACUGAGUUUUAUCCAGGAUUUUCUUGGUAAACAAACAGAAUAUGGCUUGCCAUUUGUGUAGCACCGGUAUUUCUGUGAAGUUUCUGGGGAGUUAUGGACAAUCAGUGAGGUGGCCAGUUGCAGCCGCACAACGCUGUGUAUUCAGGAAUGUAACAUCGGCUGUCUAUUUUGGGUCACUUAAUUCGAAUUUUAGGAGUGUCCAGAGACGCCAUUCUUGCCGUUUCAAUGAUUUUCUACCGUUUGCCGUCGUCUCCAGUGAUUCUUCCAACAUUGGUGUCCCUGAAGAACGGUUGGUUGUGUUGGUUGUUGGUGGAGGGGGAAGAGAACAUGCACUUUGCUAUGCCUUUAAGAGAUCUCCCUCUUGUGAUGCUGUCUUUUGUGCACCAGGAAAUGCUGGAAUUUCCAGCUCAGGAGAUGCCACUUGCAUUUCAGAUCUUGAUAUUUUUGACAGCUCAGCUGUGAUCUCCUUCUGUCGAAAAUGGGGUGUGGGGCUAGUUGUAAUAGGACCAGAAGCUCCUCUUGUUGCGGGUCUUGCAAAUGAUCUAGUUAAGGCUGCAAUUCCUACUUUUGGCCCUUCAUCAGAGGCUGCUGCAUUAGAAGGUUCCAAAAAUUUCAUGAAGAAUUUGUGCGUCAAAUAUGGAAUUCCCACUGCUAAGUAUCAAACUUUUACGGAUCCGUCAUCUGCAAAGAAGUAUAUAGAAGAGCAGGGUGCACCUAUUGUUAUAAAGGCAGAUGGAUUAGCUGCUGGAAAAGGAGUAAUUGUUGCCACAACAUUGGAGGAGGCUUAUGAAGCUGUUGACUCGAUGCUUGUAAAGGGAGCUUUUGGCUCUGCUGGUUGCCGAGUCAUUGUUGAGGAAUUUUUACAGGGCGAAGAAGCAUCAUUUUUUGCUCUGGUGGAUGGAGACAAUGCCAUACCUUUAGAAUCUGCACAGGACCAUAAACGAGUAGGGGAUGGUGACACGGGGCCUAAUACUGGUGGAAUGGGAGCUUACUCUCCAGCACCUAUCUUAACUAAAGAACUUCAGUCUUUGGUUAUGGAGUCCAUAAUUCUUCCCACUGUAAAAGGGAUGUCAGAAGAGGGAUGCAAAUUUGUUGGGGUUCUUUAUGCUGGACUCAUGAUUGAAGAGAAGUCUGGGUUGCCCAAAUUAAUUGAAUACAAUGUGCGGUUUGGAGAUCCCGAGUGUCAGGUGCUGAUGGUUCGCCUGGAAUCCGAUCUGGCCCAAGUUCUACUUGCAGCUUGUAAGGGUAAACUAAGUGGGGUUUCUUUGAAAUGGUCGCCAGGGUCCGCCAUGGUAGUGGUCAUGGCAAGCAAAGGCUACCCUGGCAGCUACGAGAAGGGAACUGUGAUUCGAAACCUGGAAGAAGCAGAGCUUGUUGCCCCAUCCGUCAAGAUCUUCCAUGCCGGAACUGCAUCUGAUCCGGAGGGCAACUUGAUCGCCACCGGCGGCCGCGUCCUCGGCGUGACCGCCAAGGGAAGAGAUCUCCAAGAGGCCCGGGACCGAGCUUACCAAGCUGUCGAGGAAAUUAACUGGGAAGGCGGGUUCUAUCGGCGAGACAUCGGCUGGAGGGCGCUUCCCCGUUCUGUAGAGUAAAUUACACUCGAAACCCCUCUAAAAUAUAUAUUACAGUGCGUACCCCUCUCGUUUUGAAAUUUAUGCUAACCUCUCAUAAACAGACAUUAUCUUAAGAAAUCUGGCAAGGAUUGUAAAUGUCGAGAAUUACCUGCGUGUGUAUCGAAUGUAUCCAGCACUAGAGGAUAAGCUGAUAUAAUUUUUGGACGACAAAAAUGAAUUUAUGAAACAUGAGGGGUACCUUCUAUAUUUAUACUGAAUUCAGGGGUGUACAGUGUGUUUUAGCUUUUAUUUUUGUUUGCUUUGUUCAACAUA